AUGCCUGGAGCGAUGGUGAUCGGCGGGGCGACCUGCAAAGCCCCGGGCGCUCGCGCACCCCAGCGUGAGGCCUCGCGGCUACCUGCGGGCGCGGCCGGGAGGGCAUUCGGUGGGGCGCUCACCAUGGGCGGGGCGCUCCAUGCUUCCUCCGUGACUGUGCGGCGCCGGGUGGCGGCGCGCGCGGUCAUGAACGAAGGCAGCAGCGCCGAGGCGUCCGGAGACACCAUCGAGCCGGCCCGCAAGCUCGUCAGGCAGCCGGGGUCGACCACCGGGCCCUUCAACGUCCUCAUCACGGGGUCCACCAAGGGAAUCGGCCGGGCGCUGGCGGAGGAGUUCCUGAAGCGCGGCGACAGCGUGCUCGUCUGCUCCCGCACCGAGCGCAGCGUGCGGUCGGCCGUCAAGGACCUGUCGUCGCGGUACGACCCCGAGCGCGUGCGCGGGAUCGCCUGCGACGUGUCGGACCAGGAGUCGGUGGAGCGGCUCGCGGCGUUCGCCACGGAGCAGUUCGGUGCCAUCGACCUCUGGAUCAACAACGCCGGCAGCAACGGGUACAAGUUCGAGGCGCUGAGCGAGUCCGAGGGCGACAUGCUCGAGGAGAUCGUGUCGACGAACGUCCUCGGGACGCUCGUGUGCUGCCGGCAGGCCAUCCGCACCAUGCGCGAGCAGCCCGCGGGGGGGCACAUCUUUCUGAUGGACGGCGCGGGGGGCUCCGGGACGCCGACGCCGCGGUUCGCGGCGUACGGGGCGACGAAGCGGUGCCUGGGGCAGCUGAUCAAGUCGCUGAACGCGGAGCUGAAGACCGCGGCGCUGUCGGACAAGGUCUGCGUGCACAACCUGUCGCCAGGGAUGGUCACCACGCAGCUGCUCAUGUCGGGCACGGACUCCCCGCAGGCCAAGUGGUUCAUCAACUGCCUGGCCGAGGAGCCGCACGUCGUCGCGCAGAACCUCGUCCCGCGCCUGCGCGACGUCCCUGCCGCGUCGAAGAAGAACGCCGACGCUAGCGGGGCGCUGUCGUCGCGCACCGUGGCCUUCCUCACGCCCGUCGACGCGGUGACGCGGAUCGGGUCGCGCAUUUUGUUCGAGCGCAGCCGGAACCGCUUCGUCCAGGAGGAGGGCGACUCGAGACUCCCCCCCCUCGGGUGA